AUGCCGCCACGAACUUGCGCUCUUUGCUCAACGAGCAGGGCGAUGCUGAAGCGCCCAAAGACCGGGCAGCAGAUAUGCAAAGAGUGCUUCUUUACUGUGUUCGAAACCGAGGUCCACAACACGAUCACCCGCGCGAAACUGUUCAAGCCUGGAGACAGAGUAGCAAUCGGGGCCUCGGGAGGCAAAGACUCGACAGUGCUGGCCUACGUGAUGAAGACUUUGAACGAGCGAUACGAUUAUGGAUUGGAACUCUUCCUUCUGUCGAUAGACGAGGGGAUAACGGGCUACCGGGACGACUCUCUUGAGACCGUCAAACGGAAUCAGCAGCAAUACUCUAUGCCGCUGAAGAUCCUCUCCUAUGACGAGCUCUAUGGCUGGACGAUGGACGGAAUUGUUGCCCAAGUCGGCAGAAAGAACAACUGCACAUUUUGUGGCGUAUUCAGACGACAAGCACUCGAUCGCGGCGCUUCAAUGCUUAGCGUUGACCAUAUCGUCACAGGCCACAACGCAGACGACAUUGCGGAGACUGUUUUGAUGAAUAUCAUGCGGGGAGACAUCGCGAGAUUGGGACGGUGUACUGCCAUCUGCACGCAAGGCGAAGACACAAUAAAGCGGUCCAAGCCAUUUAAAUACGCCUACGAGAAGGAGAUCGUAAUGUAUGCUUACUUCAAGAAACUCGACUAUUUCUCCACCGAAUGCAUCUACUCGCCUGACGCUUACCGUGGACACGCGCGAGUCUUUCUAAAAGACCUAGAAGCCGCACGACCCAGUGCGAUAAUCGACAUCAUCCAUUCCGGCGAAGCGUUCGAGGUGAGGGAGGAGGUCAAAGCUACCCAGAAAGCUCAACAAACAUGCAAACGUUGCGGGUAUAUAUCCUCCAAUGACCUCUGCAAAGCGUGCGUCCUAUUAGAGGGGCUUGAGCGAGGAAUGGCGACUGCAGGCAUCACUGACCGAGGGCGAAAGAAGUUGGAUGCUGAAGGUCCAGCACCAGACAACCUAAGGACUAUUCCUUUCUAUACCGCUGGCGCCGCUCCUGCUGUGAGUGUCGGCCCUGAUUGA